AUGAACACUGAAAAUUCUCUUAUACUGGUAAGCUUGCAGAUGAGCCCUUUUACUUUUGUAAUGUGUGAACGCAUUAGGUUCAAGUUUGAGAUGAUGGCGGAUAGUGAUUUUGAAAAUUUUAUUAUGAAAAUGACAAUAAGAAUUAUGACAAGGAAAACAUAGAGGGGAUCAGGAAAAGCACUUGUUAUAGAAAUGGUGACAGCUGCUAAUAUGGUGGCAAAGAUAUCGAUUUUCAGUUAUCAAUGAAGACAAGACAGCGAAGAUAACAUGAGCUGACUAACGGAAAAAAAAGGGUUCUUAAGUUGUCACGGGUUUCUCAUACUUCCUUGUAACUUCAUUUCAAGGAAAUGAAAGAAAGGCUGUGGUGAAGGAUUCAACAACACAUUUUAUGAUCUGAACAACUCCUCUUUUCCUUAUGUGAUAUUUUUAUAAAGAACCAAUUUUUACUUUUAGAAUGCCAAGGCCAUUCCUAAAGUUGAUCCUAUGUAAAAAAAAAAAGCAUUCAGAGGCUUCAGAUGAUAGCAAAGCUUCGCUUAGAAACCUAUAGCGCGGCUGUAUGAGCAUUGAAAACUAAAUAAUUUAAAUAAUGAAUCAUAUUAAACUGUUCACCUGAACAAACAGACGUCAACAAUCCUAGCUUUAAAAUAUUCCACAACAGAAUGGUGGCUAUAAAAAAACUUGAAUUGGUGUAAAAAUGUAAAUCACACUUUAGCUCUGAUCAUGCUCAAUUGUGUUUUUACCGCAGGUGAAUAACGGGCUCAAUAACUUGGAGAAAACGGUGAACUCAACGAAGGACGAAUUAGCUUCAAGGAUUGCAAGUGCAGACCUUUGGGUGAGAGAAAGCGUUAUCCUUUGCAAUUUUUAAAUAUAAAGAAAUCACGAUUUUUCAUGAGCCGACCUGUAGUCAUUUACCUACCCAUGGUGGAAAUGAUUAAUUCUUGUGAAAGCACUUUUUGAGUGGGUGUCGAAAGAAAUCCAACAUUCCUUGAGUUUGAUGUAACCUUUAGCUUGCGUCGGGUACUUGAACGUACAAUAAUGAGACAACUAAAACGAAGCACGACUUGGUCAGUUCUUCGUGCUAGAGACUAACCCUAAGGAGAGGGUAAAUAUCGUUAAGAUUUUAGUCCUAGUUCAUGAAUCGUACAUACAGCAAUCAACCACCGUAGGCUAUAUUUGUUGAUUCGGAACAUAUACGACAACUGAAUCAAAGUCCAGUCGACCAAACUCGUAUGAUACCGUGCAGUACUUAAAACGCCUCAAAAUCCCACACCGUAGCAUUGCAAUUUGGAAGGUUGCAUACUUAUUGCACUUGUAAUCUGAAUCGUUAUGUUAAACAGCUCAACAGCACCACCGAAAGACUUGAUCAAGAAGACGUCAGCAUAAAAUCCCUUAUUAACGACAUCAACGCAACUUUGUCUUUGAAGGUAUUAGAAGUUACGGAAAUAAUUUUUUUUUUAUAUCAGAGUCUUUUUCUCUCUCUCCCUUUUUUUUUUAAUUUUUUUUAUUUUUUUAUUUCCCUAUUUAUUUAUUUUUUUUUUGGCGUUUUUCCUUUUUGUUUUUUUUUUCUUUUCUGGCUUGUGUGUUUGUUUUAGCUUGUUUGUUAAAUUAUGGAAUUAAAUUCUUAUGUUUCUCUUCCAGGCAGAGAAUGUGAGUAAGCUACAGGGCCCCGUUGGACCACGCGGUUUUAACGGCUCUCAAGGACCGGUUGGACCAGCCGGACCUCAGGGAUUCAAUGGAACACAGGGUCCCCAGGGGGUGAUAGGUCCACAGGGUUCUAACGAAUCACAAGGGUCACCGGGAUCAGAUGGACUCCAAGGAGCCGCAAGACCCUCAGGACCCCCUGGAGCAGGAGACUUUUCACAAUGUGAGUUCAUGACUAGCACGGACACAGGAUCCCAGACUGCUUUCCAAGGCAACACUCUUCCAGCUGCAACUAAAGUCAUCCUAACUGAACCAACUGUAAGUAAAAUGAAAUACGAGACCUUAUAAACUCGACAAUGUGAAAAAAAAUAGAUAAAAAAUCUCAUCACGCAUAUCUCAAAAGCGUGAUGAUGAAUUUAAUUCGAUGAUAAAAUCCAAUAUUACUAUAAAAAGAAAUACAAAACAAAAGAUAGAUGCAAAAUUUCAAUUGUGUUGUUAGCAAAAGCUGAAUUAUAUCAAACAAUAAUGCUUUUUGAACAAGAAAACGUCACAUUCAUAGAUGAAGGCUCGCCUAUCCGAGCAGUUCUGUUCCACGCAGCCAUUCCUCAAAUGAAAAUAAAAGUGAAAUGAAAAGUGCUUUACGAAGUACGCUCAACAGCAUACCAGUAUGACAUCAUUUAGAUAUGAUUUUGUUUUAUCUCCCUUUUUCAACCAUUAUACAGGAUAAAAGAAUAGUUGGUGUCACAUGCUGAACAGACUUCGCCCAACUGUAUAUCUUGGAAGCUGAGAUUGUUCCAUCUACAAACAACCAAGUGUACCGCUGUGAGUGCUAUGGAAAUCAGGGAAGUGUUGGGACAAUCAAAAGUAUUCAGUGCUUCAUGCAUUAUUGGUUAUGUCCCUUAACAACAUAAAAGUGACACGCCAUCUAUUACCUUAUGUGAAGAAGAAAAUGCAUUGUACUUCAGGAUGGGGUCGGGCGAUACUUGCUAAAUAAGCAAAAAAAAAUGCAAAAUGUCAGUAGUUAAUGAAACUGAUGUUCUUUUUCAUUUAUUGUAAUUAAAGAUGCAGUUGCGUUUUCACCUGGUGUUCUUCUCUCUUAGAAAGAGAAAUGUUUUGUAAAUAUCAUAUAGUGAGAGUAUUCAAACGAAUUUACUUUCCCAGACUUGAUUGUAGCUGUGAAUUUUUUUAAAAUCACUCUUGUUACAACAUACCCAAUUAGUCUCGCCACUCAGUCCGACAACCAUCAUAAAUUGUGCUCUAUAUUUCUGUUGUUUGAAAACUUAUGAAAACGUUGAGUACAAAAUGAUCUUUCAUAUAGCUCAAGACUUGAUUUGCAGUCAUGAAUAAACACCUGUAAAUGGUGAUCCGGUCUCUCCAUAAUGAUAAAUUAAAAAGUGGUGGAGAUGAAAAAAUGGCAGAGAGGCGAAUAAUUUUCCUUAAAACAUCAAAACCAUACUCUCAUUCCCAAAGUCUAAACAUCGAUUCUUCGCACUGUCCUACAAACUUUGUAAUUAUCUUACUAUGUAAUUAUAGAAACUUGGCGAACAAUCUAACAAUAUCCACGACAUUCAAUUGUUAAAUAUUCUUCUUUUUGUUUAUAGCAUUUCAAUAAAAUAUUUAAAAGGCUGUUUUCGAAUUUUAUUUUUUGGUCACUCCUGGGAGUAACAUGGAUGGGGUCGAAGGCUUUAUUGGUCAUGAUGAUGAGAACCACUCAGAUCAGUAUGAGUAUUAGAGGUUUUGCACCUAUUGUUUUUUAAGUUGAACCGAUCCAGCAGUUGCUUGACUAAAUAUAAUUCACAUUGCAGUUUCUAGCUUUUACUUCUGUACUCGUCUGGCAGCUAAAUAAAGAAAUGAACUAGUAUAAUUGGGUAUUAAGGCUUUUAGACUUUUCAUUUUCUGUUAAAUAGCUUCGAAAUCUUUUUGUGCGAGACGAAAAAUUUCCAGCGCUGGAAUUCAGCUGUGUGUACCGGUCAUCAAUAGUCAGGAAAGCCAAAUGUUCCAAUGAUUUCAACAGAGUAAAGACCGUACAAAAGCCGCUCUUUUGGUUAAUUAAAGUUUGUAAGGCCUGUCGGAAAACAGCUACCUAUUUCGACAUUGGCUUACGAUGAACUUUUUGCUGUCACGUUUUAAAUCUUAAGCUUCCUUUUCUCAUUUCUGCGCUUGACCUUAAUGUGUUUGAUAAGCAAUUGCCGCCGUAAAAAAUGUUUAUGAGUGCAUUAAGUUAACAAGUUAAUCCACAAAAUCUUAUAAAAACGAGCCAAAUCAAUACUUUUGACGUACAUUUAUGGAGGCGCACAGGUAUUAGUGAGCUUAACUGGGAUCAACACGAAAUGGCAUGCAAAGCAUCACAAAGGAAUUUUUUCUUAUUAAUGAGAUUACACAAACAAGUAAAGUACACAUGGGGUCAUAGACAGCGUAACGUUUAAGAUUAAUGAAACGUUGUUUCGGGUGCAUCUAUCGACCUAAAAUGCAUGUUCAGCAAAAAAAGGAAUAGUUCUUAAGGAAAACCACAUCAGCCGACAUUGUGACUGAAACUUGAAACAAAAACAGGUUUGCGAUGGAUGUUCAUGAAGGACCGAUGUUUGUUAACCCAACUUUCGACGAUUGGAUUUACGAAAACAGCAUUCCACCAUCGCCUUCGAAUUUUUCGCGUCCAUUGCCGUACCGCGCGGAAGUCACUGCUCCUACUGGAACGAGGAAUUCUCGCCAGGCACAAUAUGAGAGUAAAGCACAAGGCAAGAGGAAACCUCCUGUGCGAUCAAACCGGUCACAGUUGACCCUCUUGACUCUUGUGUGCUUGGUGUCUUUCGUAAUAUUUGUGAUGAUCCUUAUGAUAUUCGUUGGAGGAGUAUUGAAGGGUUGUAGCUGUCCUGUAAACCAAGGUUAGCACAUUAUUUUCUUGCCUAAAAGCCGUAUGAGCUGCAUGUCUCAUUCCUGUGAUUGUCGAAAUUUCAGGUUUAAGUGUUUUCUGUAUUUGAAGCAUUCUUCAUCUGGUUAUAGAAUUUUUUUUUUUAAUCAAAAAAAUGUAUUUGCGUAUAGUAAUUAGAGACGGGCUACUAAAACAUAUGGUCUUGCUUGAACGUUCAUUUGUACAGUCAUUUUUUAUUUUAAUAAUGAUAGCUUGCAUUUAAAUUCGUAAACCAGUCAGUUUUCGUGAUCUGUCUUAAAGUCUUGCUAAUGCAUGCGUAGAAAUUUUUGCCCGUUUCUCUUCAUACAGAAAAUCGGUAAGAUUCAGAGAACGUUCAUUUAGACUCCAGCGGGGAUGAAUUCCUCAUAAAAAAUUUCGAAAGCAGACAUACACGGUAGCAGUCACAUUAUGCAUUUUAAACUUCAGGGUCCAAUGGUUCAAAGAGAGAAUAACGCUAUCCGAUGGAUAAAUUGCUAUCCUGUGGAUAAGAGUUCACAAAACGUACGAUGCUGUCUACAAGAAAGAGAUUAAUUCAGUGGAUAGCGUUAUCCACCCUUCAAAAUACCGGGGCCAGUGCUUGAGUUUAGUCUAUGCACAAGCAGAAACGAUUUGCAUCUUAUACCAAACAUUUGUGACCAUUUUUUUUAAGGUUUUAUCUCUCUAGUCAAAUGAUGCAGUUUAAACUUUGAUCCUACUACUCUAAGGUCGCGAGUGUCUAUGCUCUAAUUUAGGUAACUUAACUAAAAUAGAUGAAGGUAUUUAGGAAUAAUUAAAUGGUUCGUGCAAAUUAUAUCAUCUUCUCACUUAUUUAUACCGUGACUACAAACUUUAAUACACUGUCAAAAAGAGAAGCUGCGAGAAUGGCAAAAUAUAUUAUUCAUACAGGUAACGUUAAAUACAUAGCACUUAGCAACAAAGAAAUGGAAAGCAUAUAUCAGAUUGUCAUGUAUUAAGAUCGUACAAAGUGGGAUUCCGGUCUUGGGUGUGAAAGUUCGAACAAUACUCAUAGAGAUCUGAAAGAACAUUCUUAGUAAAUGAUAAUGGCAGCUUAAUUACUGACAUAAUCAAAAAAAUAUUAAUUAUUUACCUGAUUUACUGAGAAGUAAAUUAAUAAAGUCAGAAAGUUGAAAACUCAAGCCAAUGUGAGCUGAUAGGACCUAAAUUCAGGCCCCACCUCUUGGUCUGCCUUUACUGGAUAAAUCUGAACAGUGAGAACCAAAGAAAAAUGAUAAUGAAGAUAAAAAAAACUUGCAUGACAUUGACUCCAAUCGCCUCUUUUUUUUAAUGCAAAUCUGGCUCAUUCCGUUAAUGAUUUUAGCAAACAUCACGGCGUAGUGGUUACAAGACCGAUGGCGGCGUUUCCUUUGCGGUCGGAUCAGUGAAAGAAUUAUACUUAAAGUCGAGUUUUCUCUUCAAAGAAUCUAAUUACCUGCGUUCUUAAGACUGAAAUGAAAAAAAUAGCUCUAAGUAAUUAAGAGCUACUGCAUUUUUAAAGCCUAUGACUCGGUGCCGGACUUCAGUCGAAUCGAAAUGAUCUGGCCCCGGUUGUUCGAAGAUCGGAUAACGCUAUCCACUGGAUAAAUCUCUAUCCGGUGGAUAACGCUACACGUUUUGCUAUCACUUAUCCGCUGGAUAGCGAUUUAUCUGUUGGAUAGCGUUAUCCACCCUUUAUACAACUGGACUCUGGAAAUUAAUGGCAAAGUUCAAUGUGCGCUUGUUUUGUAAAAAGGACUGUUAUCAUAUUCCAACCAUAGCUAGUGUACCUGAUAUUAUAUACAGAAUCCCCUGAUCUGGUCAGAACUAAUGUAAGUUGAUUCUUGUUCACGUGCGGAUCAAAGAUGAAUGUUGUUACAAGAGGGUCUCAAUGGCGUGACAGCUUUUACAGCUUAUAGUUAAAGUUUUUGCCAUUUUACUGCCAUCAGUUAGUCCGAAAUGGCCUUGACGAUAGGAAAAGUUAUUGAACGUCAACUUUUUUUUACGACUAACAGUUAAAGUUUUUCCGGCAAUUUUUACGACAAACGGCGAAAUUAUUUUGCUGUUGUAUGGCUAAUUACAACGGCUCACCCAAGUGAGAAUCUCUUAUAACUUCACUCAGUAAGUACGUACUGUAAGGACUGCUAAAUUAAAAAUUUUGUUUAAAUGAAAUCUUCCCCCUCCAUUUGAACUCAAAGAUAUAAUAAAUAUUUUACUAAGAUCGCAGUCCUUUCUACAUUUUCCGCUCGGAUUUAUAACCCUCGCGCCUGGGCCAUAAAUCCGAGCGCAAAAAAAUCGGUCUAUAACUUACUAGACGAACCUCAAAAUGUUUAAAAUGUUUAUUCACGCUUCUCCAGACGAUUCUUCUGGAACUCGCAGUUCGGCUUCUUCCUCACUUACUGAAAUAUCAGACAGAAUCAAGGGGUUGGAGGAGAAUGUCACAAGUCUUCAAAUACGUUUGGUGAGUAAAUGUGAAGUGAGGAGGAAACUUUUGAGUGCAUGGAUUCCUCCGUCCGUAAUCGAAAAAAUACGUACGCGGAGUAAAGUGAAUAGUAAGAAAGAUAUUGAAAUAUAGAAACUUGCGCUGCGAGUUUUUGAUCGCAUUGUCACGUAACUCUCUGCACCAGAAUUAUAUCCAAGUAAGCAGCCGCCGAAAUUCAUUCCAGGAGACAAGUUUCUUUUCUCCUUUUUAGGAAAAGGCAUAUAUACAGGUUCUGUACCCAAGAUUGUUCUAUCUCAGUAUCAAUCUACUGAGAGAUCGAUUAUACCCUUUUUUCAUAAUAGCCAUUAAAAGUGGAAAAGAGGAGCCACAGUCAUUCAUUGUACCAGAAUACACAUGAGUAACUCAAACUCGUGCCUUUGAGUGCUCCAUAGUUAGCGCUGAAAUCAGUCGUUUUCAAGAGUAAUUUUCCUAAAUAUUAUUUUUUCCAUCUACAGGAAGAGAAAAACCAAGAGCUGAUGGAAAUUCGUCUAUUAUUGCCAAAACUUGAAAAAAACUUUGUAAGUAUGUAGCUAAAGGUACCCUCGUCUUUUAUAUCAUAUAUGUUUUAGUCGUUCUUUAUCACGUUAUUGUGUUUAUUUACCUUUCUCAACCAUGAUACUGACGACCCUUGCAAAUGCGUUGCAGACAGAUGAACUUGGACUUUGAUUUCUUAGUUGCUACAUGGUUCCACGAUGUAUUAAGAUCCUUAAAGGAUGGAAACACGAGCAAAACCGUCAAAGAGCAUAUAAUGCCGUAAUUGAGAGUUUCCCAAUUAAACAGCUACUUUUUAAGUUUGUAAAUUGCUUACUCUAAGCACUUUUUUUGAAAAUUAAUACCAAGGGGUCUAAAAUUUAACGAGGCAAUAAAUCAAACCUGUCGAUGUCAGGACCUGAAUGGCAGUAUCUUGUACUUCAGUGCAUGGCCCUUGUGGCCCAGCGAACAUACGUGCUUCACAAUGUUCUGUCACAUGAUUUCACGAACAGUGAUAUUCAGUUUUCCAAAGCAGGUUGAGUGAGCUUGAAUAAUUUUUGUAAAGAGAUAGCAAUGAUCCUCUACUUCCCUCUAUUUUAGACGAAAGGGGCACUAAAAGACUUCGGUGUGGAGCUUAAUUCAACAAGAAGUAACCUGCAAGAUGCAGACGUCAAGUUGCAGAAAUCUUUAGCUGCCGUUAAUUCAUCUCUUGUGGAAAAGGUCAGAAGACGGAGUUACAUUUCAGAUUGAAUGCUUUCUCCUUUCUUCAUCUGCAAGGUCUCACUUAUUAAUAUAUGUAUAAGAUAAUAUUCUUAUAAUAUCGUGUUAUUCUUUAGAUCGACGGUCUGGCCGUUACGACGACGCAGUUGUCAUCAAUCCUGGAAACUUCAUUAGACAACGUUGAAAAGCUUAACAAGACGCUUGCAAACACAAGGAGUGAGGUAAGUUUCCUAUGAGGCGAUCAUCGAUUCACAUGUUAAUUUGUUCUGCCAAAAGCUCUGUUUGUGCAAGUUUCACCGGAGAGUUUGUCAUUUGUUUCAAAAUCCAUUCUAGUUGUUGUUAACUUUUAGGUAUGUGCAAUUCUCAGACUUGCGACAUCAUGGAUUAAACGGUAAAAAUUACUGAUGAUUUGUCAAUAUUGUUUCUAAUCUCUAGUUCAAAGAGAGCGAGUCGUCACUGAAAUCAAGUUUGAACUCCUCAAUUGCCAACUUACACCAGAAUGUGGAAGAAAUCAGCGCGAAUAAUUCCAAACAGGUACAGUUACAAGUACAAGAAAGUAAACGACAUUUUUUAAAAACAUGUUUCGACAGUUCCUCUGUCAUCUUCAGUUCCGAUUUAUACAAAGUACAAAGUUGAAUAUAAAGUGUACAAAAAAAAUACUAAUUGGAAAAAACAAACAAUAGGAACAGAACAAUGUAUGCAAAGUUCUAAUUUAACAUGAUAAAGUUGAUAAUUAAGUGUAGGUUGCUCCCAUUGAAUGUGAAUAGCUUCUCCGAAAGUUGGAAAGUUGUGGAAGCGUUAUCUAACAUGCUAAAACACUUAUCAGAACAUGGUUUUAAAAAAUAUCGUUUAUUUUCUUAAAUUCGUGACAUAUCUGCUACUAUCCAUGCUGAGGUAAAUCGUGCACCAGCGAAAAUAUUUCCUGAAUUAAAAUUUCAAUAAUUUUGCUGGUGACUCUUAUCAGGUUGAUCGCCUUACCUCAUGGAUGACAACAUUACAAGCUUUAGCUAAUCAAACCAAAGAUAACUUCAACGAUUUCAAGAAUGAUACUGAAAGUUCCCUUUUAUCGGUAAGAGUGUGAAAUUGUUUUUGUAUUACUCCUUUCCUCUGGUUAAAGGUCAGUAUUGUGACGAUCAUAAAAAUGUUGUCAAUAGUGAUGAUAACGACAAGCAGAAGAGAAACUCUGGUGAUGAUAGCUCUAAGGAGGAUGAAGAGCCGGCUGUGACUGUAUGAAUAAUGCUACUGGUGGUACUGAUGACACCUCGUUCCCAGUGCCCUUCUUCUUCUCAAUUCCCUUAGCGGAUAGGCAGAGGAGAAGUUGAGCUGGUGAAGAGGUGUUCCAGAGAUGACUUUGUUUUCGGAGCCGAAAAUUGUACAUCUUCUCGAGGAAACAUGGAGGUUCUCUCUAAUCUAGAGUGUUAAUCAAAGACGAAUAAGAACUUUUAACCAAACUGUCUUAUUGCUACUCUUAAUUACCUCUUAACCUUAAAAUUGUGCUUUAGGUGAAUACUGGAUUCAAACGCCUGGAGGAAAAUUUAAAUGUGUCAGAAAACAAGUUAGCUAUGGCGAUGUCUGAAACGAAUGUAAAGGUGAGUAUACCUUUUACUUCGUUUAAAAGAUCUUUACUUCAAUAACACUUUACUUGCAAGCUCUAACUGAAGGCAUUAAAAUCACUCCUUAUUAAAAAUAACCAUCAUUUAUGAUGGUGAAGCGGUGAAUUUCUUUAUCCGCAGUUCAUAUAUAUGAACGGGUUUAUUUGGAACCAACAUAUAUAAGGACCAGCUCCCAGUUUACUUGUUAGCUCAGUUGGUAGAGCGCUGCACCGUUAACGCAGAGGUCAUCGGUUCAAAUCCCGUUCAGGCCCGAAUUGUUUUCAAGCCUUAUUUUCAUUACUGCUUAAGUAGUGUCUAUUACUGCGCAGAUCGCUUCCAUAUUCAUUUAUCGGCAGUUCGUUUAUAUUAUUUUCAUAUAUUUUACAGUCAUUUAAAACAAUUCCGUUUAGUUUAGCCAUGAUAUUUGUGUCGUUAUUCUCUUUCAAAAGCUAAAAAGCAGCACAGGAAGACUUUCUCAAGAAGAUGCCAUCAUCAGGAAUCUGAUUGAUGCCAUCAACAUCACUUUAUCCUUGAAGGUAUGAAUGGAGCUACAGUUCUUUAAUCACUUACAGGGAACCUUAAAGACGUGCUUUUAAACCACGAUCGAUCCAUUUCUGGUGCGAAAAGAAAAAAAAACCGUCGAGAUCAUAUUUCCUCUUGCCCCUGUGGACACUAUAGGGACACCCUUUAAUGACAAUGAUUACCUGUUCAAGUGAUCAUCAUCGUAUGGCGAGACUCCUAGCUGUCAGAUUAAAAGGGGUAUAGUAUCAUGAUAUUACUAGAAAAUGAGGGAUGUUUUCGGAAAAGAUCAGGUCUUGAGCUGCGUGGAAGGCAAAACUAUAGGGUAUGGUGCAAAUAUUCAUUCGUUUUUCAAAUUCAAACCCUGAUAUCGAUCACACUAACAAGCCAAAAUUUUACAGAAUUGAAAUGCAAAGCAUGACGAGGCAAUCCGUAACUGGGCCGGAAAAAAUAAACUACCUUUCAGAAAAGGAGUGCUCAGAAUCUUAAAGGCGCCCUCAAGAUGAUAUAGAGUAUAGUUUUCUAUCAAAAGUUAUGAGGACUCAUCGUGGUUGUGAAAGUUUCUGAACGAGGAUCAUACUGUCAAGAAUACCCUUUUGAAGUCGCUGCCUAAUUGUGAUGAAAUACACGUAUGCCAUCAAAAUUAUUUUGAUCUGUGUAUCUUUCAGCUAGAUAAUGUUAGUAAGCUCCAAGGCCCAAUUGGACCGCGUGGUUUCAACGGCUCUCAAGGAGCAAUUGGACCAGCCGGACCUCAAGGAUUCAAUGGUACACAGGGUACCCAGGUGCUUAUAGGCCCCCCGGGGUUUAAUGGAUCAAGAGGACCACCAGGGCCACAGGGACCUAACGGAGCAGGAGACUUCUCUCAGUGUGAACACAAGACUGAGGAUUUGACUGGAAACCAAAAUCCAGUCACCGGCAACAGUUUACCAACUCCAGUUAAAGUGAUUAAGGGUGAACCAAUUGUAAGUAAAUUCAAAGGAAAGAUUCAAGACUAUUCCCUUUGUAAUUUUGUUGAUAACGGAAAGUGUAAAGACGUUUGUCAGAUUGUUUGCCAUACCCUAACGCAAAUGAAAACGUGGGUUAGCUGACGUGAUACGCCAACAUGGAAUCAUGCAUGCUCAUGUAAUUGGACAACAUAUAUGUAGGUCCUUUGUAUCAGGAAUUAGAUCGAUCUAAGUCUCCAAAAUAAAGAAUAGAUGGUAAAUUAUUAAACGGAAGUAGUCAAAUAGUCUACUGUUUUUGUUGUCAGUCAAGUAAUUCAAGUAUUUUUUUUAUUGCAGGGUAAGAGGAUCGUUGGUGUCGCAUGUACAACAGACCAUGCUCAGCUUUAUCUGCUCUCGACCAAGAUAAAAACAUCUAAUAAACAGUUGUUCUACUACUGUAGCUGUUAUGGUCAUCAUGGAAGUGGCCAGGCUGCUAUUCAGUGCGUCAUGCAUUACUGGGAAUGUCCGCUGACCACAUGAACACGAAAACGAUUGGUGUUUUGAUUGGGUGAAGAAACUUUGCAAUAAAUUAAAAGGCCCAACAUCUUUAAUUGUUAUCGUAGUUUCUAGGAGAAAAGUCAACAGAAUUUUUUCGCAACAUGUUUGCAGAGUUUCUGUCACUCCAUCUUCCAUGGUUUAUUUGGGUAUGUCACAUGAAAGCCAGGGGCGUCAGGUACAGUGGGCUUAGCGGCAGUCGUAUCUGAAUAGUAUACACCUUGGUUAUGGUGAGGUAAAACAAAUGAACAUGUACAACAGACCAUGCUCAGCUUUAUCUGCUCACGACCCGAAUAAACCCAUCUAAUAAUCAGUUGCUCUACUACUGUAGCUGUUAUGGUCAUCAUGGAAGUGGCCAGGCUUCUAUUGAGUGCGUCAUGCAUCACUGGGAAUGUCCACUGACCACAUGAACGCAUGAACCGAACCUUUUUGUGACUAGAGCUCAAAUGCCCAAACCAUUAGCCCUGCUUAGCUACUCAUAACUUCAUCCCUGCAUGUAUGCAAUAAGUUUCAAAAAACAAAAACAAAAAUUUGUAAUUACUUCAUUAUUUUUCAUGUCCUAUUGCUUUAAACAAGUGAGAGCCGUUUUCAGUUC